CGAUGGUGCUGCGUAUGUUGCGCAUCGACAGUAAGGCUAUUUUUAUAGUUUUGAUGGUUAUCAUUUUCAGUCUAAAUCAAUAUUGCAGGAGUUCUGCGCUCGAUGUUCGAACCAGCCUCCAGGCAUUUGCAGCGGCUCGCGACGUCAACGGACGGUGAGGCACGUUUUCUUACAUAUACUCAUAUUUUGACCGUUUCUUGUCAGGCGUGCUGCAACCAUUGCUUGCUACCCUCAGAUCAAGCUGGGCCCGAUUUUCCGAAGCACUGGCAGGUUACGUUCUUAUCUACUCUUUCACAGAUACCCAAUGCUCAUCUCACUCUACAGGCCCUAUUCGUGCCACUGGCGUAUUCGCACGAAGUUCCCUUCAGCUGUUCUUCACUGCGCUUAACAAAGGGCUGCGUUCUUUGGUUCCGCACUCUUCGACAGAGGUUGUGGACCCAGAAGCACAACCAUUCAACCAGGGUCUGGAUGUUUUGGCGGAGAAUGAUGGCACCCUUACCCUCGACCUCCCGGACAUACCCAGCGGCCAUCUCGAAGCGACGAGCGUUAUCUGGCUACUCGAGACAUCUACGGAUCCUGAAGUAUUUCUCGCUGCUGCCAGGCUUGUUCCGCAGGUCGAAUGGCCCCUGGAUCUUGACGUUUCUGACAUACUGCAUCAGCUGUUUGAUAUUUUUACGAGUUGCGUCGACAUUCAGAAGCGCAUCGGCAUGCACAAUGGCUUUAACUCAUCUAUACUAUGGAUGUGUUCUCCAGGAAUAUCCUGGUCGUAGCAAUUGUAUUGUCCGCGGGAGACCAGACCAUACCGUGUUUGAUGAUAUUUUGAUGGCGAGCGUACGCACAGUCAACGGCACGGUGUUUGACACGACUAUGAAUCUUUCCCGUCCAGGUUGCAAUAGAUAUCCAUUCCAUAUUUUUUGGUCAGAGGCUUGCCCUGACACCGUCCCUAAACAAUUGUCCCAUCUUCUUCCUUAUCACUUUGUUACUGGGCAAGUGACUAAAGGCAUAGAAGACCUCGGGAUAACUGUGAUAUCAAAAUUGCUAUUAUCUCCAAUCUCUCCGUCGAAUCAAAUCGUAGCCAAUUGCACUCUUCUUGCUUGCGUCAUGGUCGGGACUCAGGUUGACAAGAAAGACAUAGUUCGGAUUGAUAAAAGGUGCUAUCGACUCAUUUAGCAGUUUUUCUGCCAUGAUUAACAAAGAAAUUGCGUAGUUCUGCUCUGCCUCGACUCAAGAAGUCCCUUUUAGUGCAGUUCCAAAAGGCUCUCUGGGCAUGGGAUGGAGGCGAGCUCGACAAAGAUAGCACAGGGGUCGCACGCCGGGUACAGAACCUUCUCGAGAUUAUCUAUCGCAUCCUUGAGCUUGCUGGACGUUACGAUCGUCCUUCAUUACACACAUUGCGGGACCUUGACGUGUGCAGGAAGGU